AUGCACAGCGACAAGGCCAAAGAGUUCAUGCUCAAGGUCUUCAACAAGAGUGGCAUAUCGCCCACCUCCACGUACCUGCCGGCCGCAAUCCAUCCCUGCAUCUCUGAGGAGCCGCGUAACGGCAUACCGGAGGCGAUGGCAGAGGCGCGGAUGGUGAUGUGUGGGGCGGUGUCAGACCUCCUGGAGAAGACGGGCACGCAUCCGUCCGAGAUUGACAUUGUCAUCACCAACUGCAGCAUUUUCUGCCCCACCCCCAGCCUGGCGUCCAUGCUGGUCAACCACUUCAAGUUCGGGAGGGACAUCCAGAGCUACCACCUUGGCGGGAUGGGCUGCGGCAAUGGUCAGGAGGAGGGGGUGUGCGCUGUGGGGCUGGUGCGGGACCUGCUGCAGGCGCGGCCAAACGCCAAGGCGCUGUUCGUGCCCGCCGAAAUUACCACGUACUGCUACUACCCUGGGACCGAAACCAAGUACCUGGUGGCAAACUGCAUAUUCCGCAUGGGCGGCGCGGCGAUCCUCUUCAGCAACCGCACCGACAUGCGCGGCCGCGCCAAGUACCAGCUGCUGCACUCGGAGCGUGUGCACACGGGGGCCGACGACGCCGCGUACGCCUGCAUGGGCUGGGAGCCGGACAGUCAAGGCGUAAAUGGCGUAUACCUGGGAAAGGACGUGGUGGUGCAGGCGGGCAAAGCGCUCACCCACUGCCUCACAGCUGUUGCGCCCAAGAUCCUGACGUGGACGCAGUACAGCCAGGCAGCGCUCAACGCGCUGCAGCGCAGCUGGCUUGGCCCCAGCACCCCCAAGUACACCCCAGACUUCACCAAAACCAUCGUCAGCCACUUUGCCAUCCACGCGGGCGGCUAUGCCGUGCUAAAGGGCAUCCAGAAGGCCAUGCGGCUGCCGGCCAGCAAUAUGCUGCCCUCCUUCGCCGCGCUGCGCGACUACGGCAACACCAGCUGCAGCACCACUUGGUACGUCAUGGCCUACCAAGAGGCCUGCGGGGGGGUGGGGCGCGGCGAGGUGGUCAUGCAGAUCGGCAUGGGUGGCGGCAUGAAGGCGGGCGUCAACCUCUGGCGCGCGCUGCGUGUUAACCACUGUGCGCACCCCGCUUGGCGCCACCUCAUGGACCAGCCCCUGACCGAGGCCGACCUGCCGCGCUCGAUCGACGAGGAGCGGCAGCAGGAAUCAGCGAGCGACACAGUGGGGGUGGCCGCUGCGCCGGCACGAGCAGCGGCGAUGGCGGCGGCGGCGGCGGCGGCGGGCGCAACCCAGGGGGCGCAGCUGAAGGCCAGCGUGGCGGCCAGGGCCACUAUUGAGGUGUACGCCGUCCAGGAUGGCGUGGGGGCGUAG